AUUCGGCUGCCUCUUCUUCCUCGGCCUCACGCACGCCAUGGACGCCGUUCGCUUUCUCGGCACGGCACCUGGCCGCCUGGAGAGGGUCGUGGGGGUUUUACCGGCCGCCGGCAGCUUGGGCUGCCGCUCCACCUUGCCUUUAGGGAGGGUCCGCCCCUACUUCGUUCGGUCCGUUCCGCCGCCCGGUGGAGCGGGGAGGAGGGGAGUAAGGGUGGCGAGGCCCCCGUGCGCCGCGAUGGGCAGCGACCUGUUCGCCCUCGACUUCGACGGCGUCUUAUGCGACAGCUGCGGCGAGAGCUCCCUCUCCGCCGUUAAGGCCGCGAAGGUUAGGUGGCCGUGGGUGUUUGAGAAGGUUGACUCCGCCAUGGAGGAGUGGAUAGUGGAGCAGAUGUACACUCUCCGUCCAGUGGUGGAAACAGGAUAUGAGAACCUGUUGCUUGUUAGGUUGCUUGUUGAGAUCCAGAUACCGUCAGUUCGGAAAUCAUCAGUUGCAGAUGGGCUUAGCAUCCAAGAAAUAUUGGAGAACUGGUUAAAACUGAAGCCCACACUCAUGGACGAGUGGCAAGAAGAUAGGGAGUCUCUGGUAGAUCUCUUUGGUCGCGUAAGAGAUGACUGGAUUGAAAAUGAUUUGUCUGGUUGGAUAGCUGCUAACAGGUUUUAUCCUGGGACAGCUGAUGCAUUAAAGCUUUCAAGCUCUGAAACUUACAUAGUCACAACAAAACAGAGUAGAUUUGCUGAAGCACUACUGAAAGAAUUGGCUGGAAUAGAUUUUCCAUCUGAAAGGAUAUAUGGCCUUGGCACUGGUCCGAAGGUACAAGUUCUCCAGCAGCUGCAGCAGAUGCCACAGCACCAAGGUCUAACACUUCAUUUCAUCGAGGAUCGACUUGCGACUUUGAAGAAUGUGAUCAAAGAACCAGCACUGGAUAAAUGGAACCUCUACCUGGUGACAUGGGGAUACAACACACAGAAAGAGAGGGAAGAAGCACAAGGUAUCUCAAGGAUCCAGCUCGUUGAUCUCCCAGACUUCGAUAAGAAGCUGAAAUAGAAGGCAAUGACGGAUCGCCCAAAGUCCAAACUGUGUCCUACUUUGGUUGAUGUUCUUGCAUUUUGAUUAAAUGCAUUGCUCACGAAUUUGUGAGCAUGUCCAAUAUCAUCUAAUUUUAUCUUCACUGCUCGAAGUUUCUGAUGUCUUAUAUGAUAAUUUUCAAAAUGUUAUAUUUCCUCCGGUCAUGAAAACAUAAUUUUUUGACAUCUUACCAAACUGUUGAAAUAUUGAUUAUCA